AUGGAAACCCAUGGCUUGGAAAACGCGUCUGAGUAUCUCAACAACCUAUUGCUUGCCCGUGGCCUUCUCAGAAAUGGCAAAGCGAUUGAUUUUGCAGGGCUGGCAACGGCGCCUGAUGGCGUGGAGGAUACAAUGACGCGAAUUAUCAACUUGAUCCACGACUUGGUAAUGAGGAGAGAUCGAGAAGCUGAGCAACACGAGACAUACGCCACGACGAUCAGAAGCCUCCGAACCACAGAAGCGAAGCAGACCCUAGAAAUUGAGCGUCUGGAGGUCAAAGUCGAUGAACUAAACCGUUCUCUGGCCCUUACUGAGGGACAAGAGCGCGCCUUCAAGUCCAAUAUUCGAGCGGCAGAGUCUACAAUACGCACAUUAAAGGAACAAGUUCAACGAAUGAAAUCCACGGUCCAGCAAAUACGGAGCCAGUACGCUACCGAGAUUCGUAAAAGGGAUGUCGAAAUCCAGAAACUGAAGACCCGUUUGACGGAGCGUACUCGCGGCAAAAAAGACGCGCCUGGCGUAACUACCAUUACUAUAAUACCUUCCCCAAAACCUACCCUUUUAAAAGCCAAAACUAGCGAGGGUGGGGAGGGUCUGGAUGCACCUGGGUAUAGUCUAAGGCAAGAAACUACGGAUUUCCUUACCCAGCUUUGCCAGAGUCUCAGCGAUGAAAAUGACGACCUUAUUCGCUUAGCACAAGAUUCAAUACGGACGUUAAAAGAACUCCAAGGCUUGACUGAGUCCGUGGUAAACGAUUGCUCUCAGAGUGUAGAGGUAGCCGAGUUAGAAACCGACUUUCUAACAGGGCCGGUGCUUCCCUACGAAACACUCUCUGCCGAAAUGACGUAUGUGCUAGAUCAAUUAAGGGCACUUUUAACAAAUCCAUCGUUCGUGUCCCUUGAAGAGGUAGAAAUCAGGGACAGUGAAAUAUCUCGGCUGCGCGAUGGCUGGGAGAAAAUGGAAGAGAGGUGGAAGGAGGCGGUUGCAAUGAUGGAUAACUGGCAUAAGCGUAUGGCAGGGGGCGGUGAUGGAGUCAACAUAGACGAACUUCGGCUGGGUAUUAAACUGGGCUCGACCAUUGAUCGCCGUCUUACAUCGCAAGGGCCUGAACUUUCGACGCCAAAAAUUGAAGCAGACUCAACAUCAAUCACUGAAGUUGUUGAACCAACGGUAAUAAACCAUCAAGCAUUGACUCAUACCACUACAAGUAGAAAGUCAGUCAAGUUCGCCGAACACCAGCAAAAGGUCCUGGAAGAAAGCUCGGGAAAUAAGCAGCCUAAAAGAUCAACCCAAGCUUGCUUGUCGAAUGAGCCCCUGGAGAAUGUCAUGAGCAAGGAUGACGAUGAAUCUGGCACUGUUGAAAAACACAACACUAUCAGCCCACGGAAAAGACAGAUUCGAAAGGAUACAACCCUCAAGGCUCCCCCACAGGGCCAUCGAAUUAUGACCCGCCAGGCAACCGGUGCGAAAUCGUCGCCUGUAAAAUUAGGACCUACAGAACAGCAAAACAAGCCACCCCGCAGCAAAAAACGAAGUAGCACUUCUGGCGACUCAAACCCACGUAGCCGACGACGAAAGAGCGCAUUUUCCGCGAAAGAGCUGCAAAAGCUGUCAAAAAUUGCUGAUUGA